CUGUGACGUGGAGACAGAGGCAGCGAUUGGAGGACAGACUGGAAUUAUAAGGGGAGGGUGAGCCGGAGUGAAGCGUCCCAUAGAGCAGCCGGCCUCAGAUCUGCCACUGCAGGACGCGCACAAGUCUGUGGAGUCAGCCCUCCUCCGCCUUCUCUCACCAUGCAUCCAGCAAGACUCUCAACUCGGCAGUGACAAGCGUUUCCGAAGUGACAAGUUUUACAGCUGAGUAUUUGCGCAGAAAGGCCGAAAUCGAGGAGAAACUUUGCGUAUUUCCCUGCACAUUUUUCUUUACGUCGCUGGCAGUUGGAAGCAGGCGGAGUUAAGCCUUUCUGGGGAUUUUUUUUUCCUUAUUCAAAGGGGAAUAUUCUGUUCCAGUCUCUUCACCAACAUGGAGUACACUUCAUCCCCGAAACCGCAGCUCUCAUCCCGGGCAAAUGCUUUCUCCAUAGCAGCCCUGAUGUCCAGCGGGAAGCCCAAUAAGGACAAGGAGGCGGAGGAGAACACCAUCAAGCCUCUGGAGCAAUUCGUGGAGAAGUCCUCCUGCAACCAGCAGUCCCUGGCUGACCUGUCCUCCCUGGACGGGCAUGGGGACUUCAGCGCACCCGCCGUGUGCACGGAGCCGCUCAUCCCCACCAAUCCAGGCAUCCCAAGCGAGGAGAUGGCGAAGAUCUCGUGCAGUCUUGAGACCAAAGAGCUGUGGGACAAAUUUCACGAGCUCGGUACUGAGAUGAUCAUCACCAAAUCUGGAAGGAGGAUGUUUCCAACCAUUCGAGUCUCUUUCUCCGGGGUGGACCAGGACUCCAAGUACAUCGUGCUGAUGGACAUUGUCCCAGUGGACAACAAGCGCUACCGAUACGCUUACCACCGCUCCUCCUGGCUGGUAGCCGGCAAGGCCGACCCCCCUCUCCCCGCCAGGUUGUACGUCCACCCAGACUCUCCAUUCACCGGCGAGCAGCUGAUGAAGCAAAUGGUUUCCUUUGAGAAAGUGAAGCUGACGAACAACGAACUGGACCAACACGGACAUAUCAUCCUCAACUCCAUGCACAAAUACCAGCCACGGGUCCACAUCAUAAAAAAGAAGGACCACACUGCCUCGCUGCUCAAUCUCAAAUCUGAGGAGUUCCGCACCUUCGUCUUCAUUGAGACUGUCUUCACAGCUGUCACAGCCUACCAGAACCAGCUGAUAACCAAACUGAAGAUUGACAGCAACCCGUUCGCCAAAGGUUUCCGGGACUCCUCGCGGCUGACGGACAUGGAGAGUAGGGAAAGUGUUGAGAAUCUGAUCCACAAGCACUCAUACGCCCGGUCGCCGAUCCGAACCUACGCGGGUGACGAGGAGAACCUGAGCGAGGACGGACACGCGUCACACACCAGAGGCUCAGCGUUCACCGCCUCAGAUAACCUCUCCCUGAGUUCCUGGGUCACCACAACUUCAGGUUUCUCAGGUUUUCAGCACCCACAGUCGCUAUCGGCCAUGGGCACCGGCACUGCUCCCCUGCCCCACCCCAUCCAGGGCUCCCUGCCCCCUUACAGCCGACUGGGCAUGCCGCUGACACCCACCGCUCUGGCUGGAACCAUGCAAGGCAGCGGCCCCUCUUUCCCAACCUUCCACAUGCCACGCUACCACCACUACUUCCAGCAGGGCCCCUAUGCUGCCAUCCAGGGACUCCGCCAUUCCUCCACUGUGAUGACACCAUUUGUAUGA